AUGAGUGAAUCUGCUCCUGCUGCCAAAAAGGCAACCAAGCCAAGGAAGCAAAAGGUUGCUGCCACUCACCCGAAAACAAGUGACAUGGUUGCCGCCGCAAUCAGAAGUUUAAAGGAGAGGAAAGGUUCAUCUCUUGCCGCCAUUAAGAAAUACAUCCACGCCAACUACAAGGUUGAUGCCGUCAAGAUCAACCCAUUCAUCAGGAGGUACCUGAAGAAGGCCGUUGAAGACAAGGUCCUCGUCCAGACCAAGGGAAGCUACAAGCUGUCCGAAGCUGCCAAGAAGGACAAGCCAAAGAAGAAACCAGUGAAGACAAAAAAGCCAGUGACACCGAAGAAAGUCAAGAAACCAAAGUCGCCGAAGAAACCAAAGGCCAAGAAGGCCACCAAGGCAAAGACUCCAAAGAAGGCAAAGGCCGCCAAGCCAAAGAAGGUCAAGUCCCCAAAGAAGCCAAAGGCCGCCAAGCCCAAGAAGGCAAAGCCCGCCAAGAAGCCAGCCAAGACAAAGGCCAAAAAGGCUGCGUCCAAGAAGAAGUAAGCUGUUCGCAGCUUCGGGAA